AUGGCGGUGGGCUACCACCCCCGCAUGGAAGCCCCCUCCGCCAUUCCGCGGCCCAGCGGAAUACCUACUUUGAGGCACUCGAGCGUUGGCGCCGUCACGGCUGCUGGUCAACGGCACCGUCAUGUCGUUGGAACCGACGAGUUGACGGCGGGAACCGCCAUUCCCCUGCCAGGAGACCCGGGACCGUUUUACCUGGGCGAGUGGCGGAAGAGCUCAGAGACGCAUCAGCACGGGGAACCGCAAAAUGCAUGGGCGGAUCAAAAGGCGGCGGAGGCGCAGCAGGCAUGGGAGACGGAAAAAGCAUGGGAGGCCCAAAAGGCGGCGGAGGCGCAAAGGGCGGAGGAGGCGGAAAAGGCGGAGGAGGCGCAAAAGGCGGAAGCGGCGCAAAAGGCAGCGGAUCUGAAGCGGAGGGUAAAGGAGCUGGAGCGAGCUAGCCGCGAGCAGGAGAAGGAACUGACGUCGCUGAGAUCCCAGAAAAUUGCAGCAGAGCAGAGCCUUCGACGGGAAAAGGAAGCUUCCGCGUUGCUGCAGCAGUUGUUACAGCAGGAGCGGGAGGCGAAGGCGGUGAUGCUAGCGGCGCGAGAGGACGAGGCUGCCGAGAUCGACGGAGAGAAACGCGCUUUGAUUGCGCGGAGCAGGCAGCUAGCAGCGCGGGUGGAGCGAGCGGAGGAGCGAAUGGAGGGGCUGGAGCAGGAGAAGGAGGCCGUCAUACUCGAUCGCGACGCGAUUGCUAUGGAGUCGGAGGUGCUGGUGGAGCGACUCGGGGAGGUGGAACAGACGGUGGAGAUGCUUCGGCAGGAGAACGUGAAUCUCGAGGCAGAGCUGUUGGCCGCACAGCGGUCCCGAGAUACGUACUGGACGCACAGUAUUUCACUGUACCAGGAUAAAGCAAAGCUGGAAGAGCAGUUAGCUCAACUAAGCAGCAUCAGCAGCAACCUGGCCAGCUCAGGAGGCCGGACCAAGGCUGCAGCUACUUCGGGAAGGAAAAUCCAGACCCCCACCAGAGCAGGAGCAGGUGGUGCAGCAGCAGCAGCGGGUGGCGGGCGACGAAACUCCCUCCCAUUUCCUAAUCCACGCUCUUCAGCAACUCCUUUCUCCUCCCUAGAGACCUUCACGUCCCCAUUUGCACUCAACCCAACCACUCUCAACUCCGUCCCACAGCUGCUGAAGCAGCAGCUCGCGUUUGGCACAGUGUAUGAGUGCCCGCCUCUGCUCGCAUCAGCGUCCAUGUCAGCAUCCACGUCACAGCACGGUGGGCUCGACAUGGUGCGAGCAGCCAGCAUUGCCAGUGGGGCCCCUUGUACUGCUAAUGCUGCUGCUGCUGGUGGCGCAUUCAGUGCAGCAGGGGGGUUUGACUCAGCAGGCAUGCGCAGGAGUGGGAGCUUCAAUGCAUGCCAGUCAUCGUCUUCUGCUCUCCUCACGCGCAGCCUCUCGAGCAACACGGCGGAGCACAGGGCACGGCAGGCCAGCAGCGGCAUGCUGGCAGCGGCAGCUGCAGUUAGUGGUGGUGGUGGCAGGAGUGAGAUCCUGAAUGGAGCUGCAGGCCUGGCUGCCGUGCAUGAGGGCCCUGAAUGA